AUGAUGGUGUGCAUGGCUUUGGUUCAGCUCAUGACUCCUGGCCUCGCGUUCUUUUACGGAGGUCUGGUUAAGGACACGAGCGUGCUAACGAUGAUGAUGCAAAGCUUCGUAUCCAUGGGAGUUGCCAGCAUCAUCUGGUUUCUGUUUGGCUUCUCAUUAUGCUUCGGUGAAUCCCUCUAUUUCAUCGGAAACCCGUUCACAUAUUUUGGUCUCCAGGGACUAAACGUGAACGAGGCCUUGCCAGAUAUGUCGAUUCCGGGUUUGUUGUUUGCCGGAUACCAGGGCAUGUUUGCCGUGAUCACGCCCGCUCUCAUGACCGGUGCCUUUGCAGACCGUUUCCGCUUCAAGCCAUACCUGGCAUUCAUUGCGCUGUGGCUCAUGUUUGUGUACGCUCCGUGGUGCCACUGGGUGUGGGGCGGAGGAUGGCUUGCGCAAUGGGGCGUCAAGGACUUUGCAGGAGGCAUUGUGGUACAUGUCACAGCGGGAUUUUCUGCCUUGGCGAGCCUGAUUGUUGUUGGCAAGCGUCAAGUUUCGGAAGAAGACCUGGAGGACCAUGACCGACCUCACAAUGUGCCUUUCGUGGCAUUGGGCACUGCCAUGUUGUGGUUCGGCUGGUUUGGGUUCAAUGCUGGAUCAGCACUGUCUACUGGCUCUGUGGCAGUUGGUGCUGCUGUGAACUCAGAGAUUUCGGCUUCUGUGGCUCUGUUUCUGUGGCUGCUCAUCGACUGGGUGCGUCUCGGACGCCCUGGCUUGGUCGGACUCUGCGUCGGGGCCAUCGCGGGCCUCGCCACGAUCACCCCCGCAGCCGGCUUCAUCCAGCCCUGGGGAGCCUUCAUCCUGGGCUUCGUUGCGACGUUCUUCUGCUAUGCUUGCUGUGAGCUUCGAAAGCGGCUGGGCUUUGACGAUGCGCUGGAUGUGUGGGGUGUCCAUGGUAUGGGUGGCUUCAUGGGUACCGUCUUGCUGGGUGUUCUGGCUGACCCGGAGGAGUGCGGCUCUGUUGAGGCCGCACCAAAAUAUUGUGUGAAUCCUGGUCAGGUGACAGCGGGCAUUGAGCAGGUUGGAAAGCAGCUCGUGGGCGCCACGCUCGCAGCUGUCUACUCCGUUGUUGUGACGCUUGUGCUGUUGAAGGCCAUCAACCUCUGCAUGCCUCUGAAGCCACUGCGUGUUGAUCAAGGACUAGAUCUCACGGAGCAUGGUGAGACGGCCUACCACAGCCCGGUCCGCCAGUACAUCCAGGAGCCAAAGAAAGGAUCCGAAGGCGACUCCGUGGUUUGA